CAUCGCUUCCCCAUCGCUUCCCCAUCGCAUCCCCGUCACAUCCCCUGUGAGGCAUGGAGAAUCACUUCGCCGUCCGGCUCGAGAAGGAAGAGCCGACGAUGAGCUCCUUCGAGUUCAGGUACUGGACGGGCCUGGAGGAGGAGGAUCUGGAGGACAGGAUCGCCCAGGAAUUGCUUGGGACGACUGGGAAUGGGAAGAGCUGGGAGGCUCCGCUUCUCCUUGCGGCUGCGAGGAACCAGCUCUCCAAGGUCAAAGCAAUAAUAGAGAGCGGUGCGGACGUGAAUGCAAGAGACCCGAAAGGGAACACGGCCCUCCACGCGGCCGCUUCGCUGGGCCACCAAGCGUGCAUGGAGGCCCUCAUCCGAGCCGGGGCGGACGUCGACGCCGCGAAUGGGGACGAGGAGAGGCCGCUGCAUGGGGCGGCUUCUCUGGCCGCGUCCGAUCCGGUCCAGAUCCUGUUGGAAGCCGGAGCAGAUGUUAAUGCAGUAAACAGCAGGGGAGAGACGGCUCUUCAUGUCUCAGCUGGCAGCGGUCUCCGGUGCUUUCCCGUCGUCAAGGAAUUGAUACGUCGGGGGAUCAGAGUGGACGAGCGGGAUAUCCAGGGCCAAACGGCUCUGCACCUGGCAUGCCAACUGGGGGAAGGCGGGUCGGGAGUCGUCCUCCACCUCCUCCAGCACGGAGCGGACCCCAACGCGGAGGACGCCGACUACAACACGCCCGUGAUGCACGCGGCCGUGUCCAAGGCGGAGGAGUCCAUCCGGCACCUGACGCGAUUCGGGGCGAGGCUGAACCACGUCGACGCCACUCUCACUCUCGCGACGAAGUUCCCAGAUCUCACGGGGAAGUUGCUGGAUCGGACCGUCCGGCAGACGAUGUCGGACGCGGGGAAGUUGAUCGAAUUCGAUCUCUCGCCCUUCAUCGCGAUCGGGCAGAGUCUCAAGGAUUCCCGGGAGAUGAAUACUUUCUGGGAGUUCUUGGAAGGCGGAGCUUCGAAUCUGCUCACGCACCCGGUCUGUGCUCGUUUCCUGCAUAAGAAGUGGGAGAAAUUCCGGCCCUUCUUCUACUUAAAUUUGAUUGUGUACCUCACGUAUGCGUUGCUGCUGACGGCUACAGCGGUCAUGAAAUCUUACUACGAGCGUUUUCGGGAAUAUACUUAUUGCAUUCGAAACAAGGGGGACGUGGAGAAAUGCGAGGAAGACCUGCCGACUGACUCGAGCCUGAAACCGAUCACAGACGGAUUACUGAUCACCGUGUCUGUAUUCACCGCGAUCAUAUUGCUGCGGGAGCUGGCCCAGAUCGCGGCUAGGAAGUGGGCGUAUUUCAAGGAAAUGGAAAACAUAGUCGAGCUCUUGCUGAUCGUCUUGGACGGCUUGUUGAUCGCAAACAAAAUGGGCAGCCACUUCUUCAACCGGGACAUGGGCCUGCACGUCUGCGCGAUCACCAUGCUCCUGGUCUGGCUGGAGGUGGCGAUGCUCGUCGGGAAGCUGCCGGGGCAGAAUCUGUACGUCGCCAUGCUGACGAGCGUCUCCAAGGCGUUCCUGAAGCUCCUGCCGACCUGCAUCUGUCUCAUCGUCGGGUUUGGUCUCAGCUUCCACAUCCUUUUCCCCGAUCACUUUCCCGACGUCCCGACCUCCAUCUACCAGGCAGCCGUGAUGAUGUCUGGGGAGCUGGAGUUCAGUUCCAUCUUCUUCGAGUCGGAGAGGAUUCUCAAGUGGACGGAGCACAUCAUCUCCAUCGUCUUCGUGGUCCUCAUGAGCAUCGUGAUCAUGAACCUCCUGACCUCCCUCGCGGUCAGCGUCGUGCUCGAGCUGGCCGCACGCGAGAAGGUUGCCCGCCUUCACCAACUGGUUCAUCUGUUAUUCAGCAUGGAAAACGUGCUCAAGUGCUCUUGGCUCCCCUUUAAAUCUCUUGCCGGCUCGAAGUGCAUCGACGUCAUGCAAUCAGGCCGAAUUCAAGAAAAAAAGCGUGACCUUCCCGAUCACAUCAAGGAACACGUCGAAGAAAUCCUCACUGAAAUGAUCGAGGACGACGGCAAGAGACAAGAAGAAAUAGAAAUCAACAAGGAGCACGAAGACGAAGAAGCGAAAAGAAUGAAGCGAAGUUCGCACAUGGAAGAAGCCUUGAGCACGAUACAGCGACAGAUCCAGCAGCUCAUGAAACAUGCAAGGCGUUGA